AUUCCCCCUAUCUGAAUGCAUGGGGAAAUUUCCAGAAAAUCGGAAAAGCAGAGUAAAAUGGAGGAAUUGGGCUGCGAAAAAGCAUGGUGGGACAAACUGCGGCGGCCCUAUUUGAAGAACCUGGAGACGGUGCUGAUCGACGUCCAGGCGGGGCGAGACGUGCGCGAGAGAGACCUGCGCCGGGCCCUGUUCCUCCUUCUCCGUGACCACCGGUUUGUGCCCGGGAUGCCCAUCCUCACCGGUUUGACUAGUGACGAGAGUGUCGCGAAGCUGGAACAAAGUUUGUGCGAAGCUUCGAGCGCCGUCGCCGCUCUGCGUUUGCCGCGGAGAGUCGACGGCAAGAUUGAGACGAGCACUCUGUUUCUCCUGUUCUACCGCGGCAUGGUUGCGAAUCUCAAGGCAGCGGAGGCAGGCCGCUCCAGCGUGCCCUUCGACCCUUGGGCGUGGCUGGAGCUGCUGCAGCAGUACGCGGCGCGGCUGGAGGAAAAGCUGGAUCACUUGUUGGAGACGUGCAAUGCAGGCCCGCGCAGGGGCGGGCGCCACCCGGAGCAGGGCGUGGACGACGAGUGCCUCAUCCUGGCCACGCUCUCGGCGCUCGCCCUGCGGGCCGUCAAGACCAGCUUCAGGAGCACCUACGUCCAGAUUCCGUGGGAAGAGGUGGAGUUCGUCCUCGUCUCCUUCAUCGAGGCGCACACCGUGUACGAGUCGUGGGCCUUCGUGUUCGCCACGGUCAGCACUGUGCUCCGCUACCUGCGGGACUUCCGGGCGCACCUGGCCGUGCUCAAGACGCAGCAUUCCGGACGGAAGAUGGCGAAGUUGUCGAGGGCGCCGACGGUGAGCAGGCCCGCCUUCCUCGCUGGCUUGAAUGCCUCCGACGACGAGGGGGACCGGCGCAAGGCUGCCAUGUUCCGCGACUGCGCUGUGGUCCGAGACUACGAGUCGCUGAAGACCAUCAAGGAGGCCCUUGGCGUCGCGAUGGGCGCCCUGGGGAUGACGGAGGCGGACUACCGCCAGCGCGGCUGCCUCGCCUUCCACCGGGCACUGUUUGUCGUCGGCGAGCGGAUGAAGAACUCCUGGGAGUCUCCCAACCUGUCGGCCCGCUACGGCAAGCUGAUCGAGACCAUGGCCUCGGAGAACCUGGUGGCCACCAUGACGAGGAUCCGCAACGGCCUGGCCCACCCGGCCGGGGCCGCCGAGAGCAGCGCUGCUGUGAAGCUCGCCACCAAGGAAGUGAAGAGGAGGAUGGCGACCGAUCUGCUCAAUAUCUGGGAAACAGUCGGGGCCCUUCUUCACGACGCCGAGUGGGACCUUCUUAAAGGCUUCUGGGAGUACAGCGCCCCUCACUGUGAUUUGAUCCGGGCACUGACGUGCACGCUCAAGUACAAGGCUCGUGGAAUCAACCCGAUCCAAGCGGAGUUGUCCCGGCUCCUUGACGCCAUCUCCCGUCGCAACCCCACGGUCGCCAAAACAGUCUUCCAGCCCUUUAAAGAGUCAAAAGAACACAGCAAAGGGUUAAACCGGCAAAGAUUCCUCCAUGGUCUUGGAGGCAGAACACUGUUAAGCUCACUCUUGACAUCUCACACAUCGGGUGGAAAGCAGGCAGAGCUGUGUAAACUUAUCUCCACCGUGCCCUUCAGCGAAGAUGUGGCGAAGUUCGCCAGGCUGUGGCGCCUGUCCCAAAGUGGCGAAGAAAUUGCCACCUUCCAAAGCUCGCUGGCUGAUGGCGCUGCGAAGAAGCCAUCCAGUGAAGACGUGGCCCUUGCAAUGGCCGCCAUUCAAGCUCUGCCCGACCAGCACGACAUGGUCGCGCGGUACACUCUCGAGGGCGCCGUGCGGAUCCUGGCGUCGGCGUGGCACGAGUCUCAAGAGCGGCGGCAGCCCUUGGCCACCCUGUUCGCGCCGUGCCUCUUCGGGCGCCACCUCCGGAACUACCUCAACCACGGCGACAAGUUCCUGCAGGUGUGCUUCGACCCGGACUCCGAGAUCAAGGGCAUCUGGAUCAUGCUGACCUCCGAGGUGGACGACCGCACCCCCACCCUUGAGGCGCUGCGCGGCGCGCAACCGCGCCCCGUGCCGCUGGACGAGGCCAAGUCGGAGCACGACCGGCUGCUGCGGCUGGUGCAGCUCAAGUGCGGCAUGUUCCAGUGCGCGCGCGCCGGGGACGUGGCCGGCGUGGCGCGGGCCGCGGAGGGCGGCGCCGACCUGGCAAGCCGGGACGCCCAGGGCCGCACGCUGCUGCACGCCGCGGCCGCGGCCGGACAGGUGGCCGUGGUGCGCUGGCUGCUGGCAGUGGGCCCGCAGGCCGUGCAGCCCCGCGCCGGGGACUGGCUGGGCAGGACGGCGCUCCACGAGGCCAGCACUGCCACCGUCGCCGAGGCGCUGCUGCAGGCGGGACUCCCAGCGGAGGCGCUGGACAGCAGAUUCCAGACCCCGCUGAGCAGGGCGGCGAUCGCCGGGCGAGCCGAGGUGGUCCGCCUGCUGGUGGGCCAUCCGUGGCGCGCGGACCACUCGGCCCUCGACUUGCACAGCCGCAAGCCGAUGCACUGGGCGGCCUGGCACGGCCACGUGGAGGUGCUGCAGGUGCUGCUGGAGGCGGGCGCCACGUGCGAGGCCGUGGGCGGGGACGCAGUGACCCCCCUGAGGCUGGCUGCGCGGGGCGGCCACGCCGACGCCGUGAGAUUCCUCCUCGGCCCUCGCGCGCGCCCGCGGCCCUCGGACCAGGAGUGUCUGGACGCCAUCGGGGCGGCCGCCAUCUCCGGACACGCAGUCGCAUUCCACGUGCUGCUGGAAGAAGUGAGGCGGCGGACGCCUGCCCGCCGCUGGGCCGCCGCGGUGCGGGAGUUCCAUUCGGAGGUGUUCGAAGGCGGCGACUCCGACGUCAUCAACGUGUUCCUGCGGGAGUGUCCCUUGGACCUGGGCCCGUUGCGGGAGCGUCAGGACAAACUGAGCCUGCUUGAACUGGCGGCCAUGGUGGGCGCGGAGCACAGCGUGAACGCCCUGCUUGCUAGACGGGCUGAACCGACGGCUCGGAGGAACCCUCUGGCCAUGACGGCCCUGCACCUUGCCGUCUACGGCGGCUCCCUGGACGUCGUGCGCGCCAUCCUGGGGCGCAUCCCCAAGGGCCACUCGCUGCGCACUGGGCGCGGGGAGCUCAUGUCCCCAUUAGGUUUGGCGCUCCGUGUGAACCGCUUGGAUGUGGUGCGACUGCUAGUCCAAGAAGGGGCGGACGUCAACGCUCAGCCGUCUAAGGGAAUCCCGGUGAAUCCGCUGCUUCAGGCCGCUUUGUUCGGCAACGCAGAGGCCGUCGGCUUCCUGCUAGAGCGCGGCGCGCGGUGGCCGCGGACCGCUGUCGCGUGGACUCCACUCCACGCUGCGGCACUCAACGGCUACCUCGGCAUCGUCAAGCUGCUGGUGCCGGCGGAGCUGCCCAAGGACGCCGCCGAGGUCCGGCAGUCCCUGUCGCUGGUGCAGUGCGCCGACGAGUCGGGCUGGACGGCCCUGCUGUGCGCGCUGUGGUGCGGCUCGCCGGCCGUGGUCAAGUACCUCCUGCGGCGCGAGGGAGAGCUGCUGCAGCGUGCCGGGGCGACUCGUGGCAGGCACUGCAGCGCCCUGCAGCGCGACAAGCGCGGCCGCUCCGUGCUGCACCUGUGCGCCGUGUGGGGCUGCGCCCCCAACCUCGUGGAGGCCGUCCUCCACUUCCUCAAGGAGCACGGGCCGGCCGCCGGGAUGGGCGCCGACGACCUGCUCGCCACGGUCAAGGCCGUGCGGGCCAUGAGCAUCCAGGACGGCCGGGACGACGGCCAGAUGGUUCAUCUCCUCGACAAGUGGAUCUCCAUCCUGGACCCGCAGUCAUCCGUGACGAGUGCGGUUGGGCCGUUGGAGUCACUCGACUCUGCUCCACCCAAGGCCCCCAAGAAGAAAGGGAAAAGGAAGGCCAAAGGCAUUGACGAGAAUUUCGCUGUUUCUGAAGGGGAAGGCCUAAAGAAGAGUGCUGAAGAAAACCUCCAAACGCCCUCUCCAAGCCCAGCAGGUCCUGUCAGCGAAGAUGGUCUUGUGGUUGACCGCGUCACUGAUGCUGAAAAGGUCGACCACUCACUAGAACUGCAAUCUGUGGCGGGUGUAAUUGCAACCAUUGAGUCGCUCGACACAGCAUCACCCAAGGAACUGCAGAAAGGAAUGCAGAAGAAGACUAAGAGGAUUGACCGGAACUCCGUGGUCCCUGAUGGGUCAGGUCCACUAGGAAGUGCUCAAGAAUACCACCAGACUCCCUCGGAAAAUCCAGCAUGCCCAGUCAGCAAGGACAAUCUUGUGGUUGACAACGUCGGCUGCAGACUUGAACAGCACUAUGUGGCGGGUGGAGUUGCGCCGUUGGAGUCGCCCAAGCAACCUAAGAAGGAAAGGAAGCAGUCCAGCUCGGUACCAGACGGCGGAUCCUUCCGCAACGAUACUGACGGAAACGACCAGAAAAGCUCCGGAAAUUCUACAGCUUUCUCUAACGAAUGUUCACUCAUGGUUGGACAUGUCGCUGAAGUUGAGAAGGUCGACUUGAAACCAGAACAGCAGUCUGUUGGGGAGUCUUCUGACAUAGCACGAGCACCACCUAAGGCGCUAAAGAAGAAGACAAGGAAGAAGUCGGAGGCAGCUAUCCAGAACUCUGCGGCACGCGAAGGCGAUGUCGCCACGAAGGGGGCGGAAGGAAAGGACCGGAAUCUCCCCGUAAAUCCUGCAGCCUCUGACGACGACGAUUGGCUCGUGGUUGACCACUUGUUUGACCCAUGGCCGGCACCUGGUGCUAAGGUAGUCGACUACUCAUCUGAAAAGAAGGAUAUCACCCAGAAGGUUUUGAGGAAAGGGGUGCGACGACUGAGCAGCCUGUGGUGCCCCAUCGACCCGGCGUGGAACAUGGCCUUGCUGCGUGCGGCCGCGCCGACAGUGGAGGCGCUGCACGUGCGCGUGGUGCAGGCGGAGCACCUGUCGGUCAUCCACGCCAUGCCGCGCCUCCGCCGGCUGUACGUGGCCUGCGACCCCGACCUCUACGCCAACCCCAUCUCGCUGCCGCCGCUGCCCGCGGGCCACCCCGGCGGCCUGCACUGGGUGCGCGCCUACAUGCCCAAGGCCACCUUGGCCUCGCUGGUGCGCGGCCACGCUCACUCGCUGCGCGAGCUGGUGGUUUGCGCCGGCACGCGCGGCCCGCCCGGCUACGAGGACCACUACCCCUACGCCUGCACGGACCUGAGCGCCGUGUUCCGGGGCGGCGCGCUGCCUGCCCUGCGCCGCGUCGUGCUGUGGAGGAGCGCGUCCUUCGUCCACGGCGAGGUGGACUGCCGGGUGCAGCUAGCCGCCAUCAGGGCAGUGCUGGGUGCUGCGGUGGCAGUGGUGUGCACCGGCUGCACGAAGAACGUCCGCGAGGACCGAUUCCACGAGCUGUGAAGUCCUGCAGCGUCACCAUGUGGUCGGUUGUUAGGUCACAUACUGUUUAUGAAAACAUUUAUUAAUUAAUUCAGUGCCAAGGCCCAGGUUUUAUGUCCGCAUUGCAUGAGGAGUUUGAUUUUUUUAAAUUCAUGUUGUUUUUAAGUAAGGUUUUAUUUGAGUUUGCAUUACAUUGUGUGCCAUUUUUAGUCUAAGUUUUUGAUUUAAUGUCAUGACAUCUUCCUGUCCAUUUUAGCCCAAAAAAUAUUAUAGCUUGCAUUAGGCAUGUGUUGAAUUGUGACGUAAGUUUUAGUAUGAUUUGAGUUCCACAUUAAUCUGAACCAUACCCAUUCAGAUUUUAUCAACUUGUAUUGCAUGUACUUGUCGAUUUUAAACCAACUGUUCACAUUACUUUCCCUUGUCCUGGACGGUGAUUUAAAACGAAAGCGUUGUAAUGAUUUGAUUUUCAUUCAAGUUUUAUACAAAUUUGCUCCGCAUCCGAGUUUUACAUCAAUUUGCACCGCACGCAAGUUUUUGAUUUGUUUGCACGUGGCAGUUUGAAAUUGUUUUAAUUCUGAGUUCCAAGCUUUGUAAUAAAAUGUGGUCUUUACUCCA